AUGACGACAACCAGCCGCCGCUCAACGGAGAGCCCCUCUCCGGGCUCACCUAACCCAUUCUUACGAAUUGCACACAAACUCGCCGCCCUCCGCCACGAUCACGAUGCCAAGACCACAUCGACCGUCAGCCUUGACCGCGUCCGCAAAUCUCCCCGUAACAGCAGCAGCACUACAAGCAGCAGUGACAAGGUGCCCCGACUCGACCUGCGCAACGGUGUCAAUAGCGCUCCCGACGUUCGACCGAGUGCAAACGCUGCCAUCAGCAGUACCCCUUCGACGCCACAAAGCCCGCGAAGUCAGCCCAGAACCGACGAUGAAGACCCCGAGACCCCCGAGGAGCACAAUCGCUAUGGCGCAGAGCUCCAUCACCCCGCCAAGCUGGUGACGAUCGCUGAAGUGUCCAGCAUGCCCGUUGACUCUGUCGUCACAUUCAGAGCUCGGAUUCACACACAACGGCGAAUGUCGAAACAUCUCGACUUUCUCUUGUUCAGGGACCAAACGCAUACCAUCCAGGGCGUGCUGUCGCAUACUCACCCGAACAUGGUACGGUGGGCUCAGCACCUCAAUCCCGAGUCCAUUGUCCAGGUCACCGGCACGCUUCAGAAGCCCGUGCAGCAUGUUCGCUCGGCAACUCACAGCGGUGUCGAGAUUAGUAUCGACACCAUGUAUCUUGUCAGUCCUGCGCAUGACUUGGCGUUCAGCAACUACAAGGCACCGAGCACGAUGCACCGGCGUCUCGAAGCGCGCGUUCUCGAUCUACGGCAUCCAGCAAACCAGGCUCUCUUCAGGGUCCGCCACACCAUCACCCGGACAUUUCGCGAAUCGCUUGAGAAACAGAACUUCAUGGAGAUGCACACCCCGAAACUUCAGCCAGCGGCUACGGAGAGUGGGGCGUCCGUGUUCAAGGUGAACUACUUCGGUCGCAGAGCGUUUCUUGCCCAGAGCCCACAGCUAGCCAAACAAAUGGCCAUCUCGGCUGAUUUCGGUCGAGUUUAUGAGAUUGGCCCCGUGUUCAGAGCUGAAAAUUCAAACACGCAUCGCCACCUCACCGAAUACACUGGCCUCGACCUGGAAAUGACUAUUCAAGACGACUAUCAUGAGCUCAUCAAGAUUCUUGACUGUGUGCUCAAAGACAUCUUCACGGCGGCUCAGGCCAUGCCGGAGCUUGAUGUGGUCCGCGAACGAUGGCCGAGUUCUCCCAUAGAGUGGCUGGAGGAGACCCCAAUCAUCCCUUUCGCCGAAGGCAUCCAAAUGCUGCGUGACGAUGGAAGAGAUGUCGAAGAGGAGGAUUUAAGCACCCGCGACGAAAUCCGUCUCGGUGAACUCGUCAAAGAAAAGUACAAGACCGACUACUACAUCCUCGACAAAUUCCCAAAGAGCGCGCGCCCUUUCUACACGCACAAGGCGGAGGACCCUAAGUGGACCAACUCUUUCGAUAUUUUCGUCCGGGGACAAGAGAUCUGCACUGGUGGCCAACGUAUCAAUGAUGCGGCGGAAUUACGGGCAAGCAUGGUAGAUGCCGGAAUAUCCGAGGACGACAUGGCCGAGUACCUUACUGCGUUCGACCUGGGAAUCUGGCGUCACCAUACCGGUGCGGCGGUGGGGUACGUCAAGCAAGGAAGGCUUGCCAUGGUCAUUGGCGAUCCUCUCUGCGACAUACGCCAGUAUGCCGAAGUCAUUCCUGCCUUCAUCGACUUCACGGCACCAAUUGAAGCCUGGAGAUCGACGCGAAAGGGCAAGCAAGUUCACCUGACAGAGAUUCGGCCCUGGGUGGAUAUGUCGCAUCGCCGCUAUUUCGCUGCCGAGAAGGGCGACCAAGUCCACGGGCUUGUUGUGCUGGCGCAACUGGCCCCCAGGCACGGUUGGCAGGUCAAGUGGGCGCUCGAUUUCCCCGGCGCGCCGAACGGCACUAUCGAUGUACUCAUUGAGACGGCUCUAGCGAGCAUCACUGGCUCCGUGACGUUUGGUGUGGGUGCUGCGGACAAGCUGACACCGGGUGAGCAGCUCCACGGAACGAGGGCCAAGUUCCUGGCGAAGACGUACGAGGCUAUUGUUAAGAGCCUAGGUUUGAACAGAAAGACGGAGUUUAGGAGAAAGUUUGGCGUGCUAGGGGAGCAGGUUUACAUUUGUUACCCGAAGCACGACGUUACUUUGAAGGACUUGAGAGAUGUGGUCAAGUUCUUCGAGGAUUAG